AUGAUAUGCCGUGAUUAUGACAAAGAGCGUCUUGAGGUAGAAGAGGAAGUGGUGGCAUCUCAGGAGCGAGAGGCUCACCUCUGCGCUCAAGAAGCAUAUGCCCGUCGCAUGCGUCUUCGCAAACACCAGAAGGCUCUCAAAACCCGUGGUGUUGAGAUGCUGCAUCAUGGUCUGAAAUCUUUGGACGAAUUGGAUGAAGCAGAGGAGAAGGAGUGUAGGGAGGCAGAGGUCAAAGGGACUCUCUUGCACAGCCCUUCUACUGCCGUUUCUGAGGGUGCUGCCUCUGACCAGGACCUUUUCGUGGCCCUGUCUCCUGGCUUCUUUGAUCGCUUGGGUGUUGACGGCGAAACGCCUCCAGUAGCUCUGGACAGCUAA